AUGCCAGACGCUGCCGAUCCCAGUGGACCUGCUCCUGGAUCCCGACAGCUCAGAACAGAUAUCCAAGCCUACGUCCCGGGUCAAAACGAAUCGUUUCAGGACGCCAAAGCUCGAUACGACAAGAUCAUCCGACAGUCCGAUGUGGACCACUGGAACGAACAUGGCUAUGUCAUCAUCAAGGAUUUCCUCACGACCGGAGAGUUUGACGAGCUCACGACCGGUUGGAAUCGACUGAUGCCGGACUGGGAGGAAUACAAGUCCCGUCAGACCAUGUAUUCCAACGUCCAUGGCAAUUCGGUCAAGACGAACCCCAGCCUCAUUCGAUAUGAUUUCCCUUACAUCGAAUCAGCUCAGAAUCGGCUGGCCGUUCAUCCAUUCUUGGUGGCCUUUGCGGAGCGUUUGGCGGGGACCGAAGAUCUCGCAUUAAGCUUGGGUCACCUCAUUGGGAAAUAUGCCGGAAAAGAGUAUGACCAGACACUCCACUCGGACUACGGCAAUAACGCUCUCGUCACUCCUCCACGAAGCAAAGAAUGGAUCGACAUCCCUAUCAUCGUCUACCUUACCGAUGUCACUGUCGACCUUGGGCCCACCAUGGUUCUGUCUCAAACUCACACAGAACACACUGGUAUCUUGAAGAAGCAAAGUUUCGCACCACGUGAUGAAUACCCAGAAUUCUACAAACAUGAAGUCCCCGUCGUCGUCCCGGCCGGAUCAGUCAUCUUCUAUUCAAUGCGAACUUUCCACCGCGGUUCAGCGAUGAAAGCCAAAGAAGGAUGUCGAAUAGUUCAAUUCGGAGGCUUUCACACCACUAAUGCACCUUGGAUGGCACCUCUAGAUCAUCAAGCUAGGAUUGGAUGCAAGGAGUAUGUCAAGUUCCUGGUCGAGUCGGAUCCUAAACAGAGGGAACUGGUCGGAUUCCCAGGUGUCAAUCAUGCUUACUGGAAAGACGAGGAUAUGGUAGAGGCCGUGUCGAACCGAUACCCCGAUAUGGACAUGAGGCCCUAUGGGGGAGGACCCCCCAAAAGACAGUCGAACCAGCAGUAA